AUGAAGAAGGGCGGCAAGAGAUUUGAGAUCGCCUGUUAUAAGAAUAAAGUUAUGGGCUGGAGAUCAGGCGCAGAGAAGGAUCUGGAUGAGGUGUUGCAAACACACUCUGUCUUUGUGAACGUAUCAAAGGGUCAGGUAGCCAAGAAAGAUGAUUUAACCAAGGCUUUUGGGACCGAUGAUCUGACAGAAAUCUGCAAACAGAUAUUAGCCAAAGGUGAGCUACAGGUGUCGGACAAAGAGCGACAAACUCAACUGGAGACAAGUUUCAGAGACAUAGCAACCAUUGUGGCUGAAAAGUGUGUUAACCCUGAGACCAAAAGGCCGUACACGGUUAACCUCAUAGAAAGAGCCAUGAAGGACAUUCACUACUCUGUCAAAGCCAACAAAAGCACUAAGCAGCAGGCCCUAGAAGUGAUCCGACAGUUGAAGGAGACAAUGGAGAUCCAGAGAGCCCACAUGAGACUGAGGCUUGUGCUUCCAGCAAAAGAUGCUAAGAGGCUUAAAGAAAAGCUUAAAACACUAUUGCAAGUUGUGGAAAGUGAAGAUUUUGAUGAAGAAUUGGAAAUGGUUGUUCUGGUGGAUCCUGGUUGUUAUCGAGAAAUUGAUGAGUUGAUCCGGUGUGAGACCAAAGGGAAAGGUUCCUUGGAAGUUCUUAGUCUGAAGGAUGUAGAGGAAGGCGAUGAGAAGCUAUAG